CCCAAGGUCCCUCACUGUAUUUUCAUGAUAUUUUAUUUUAUCUUCAAAUAAAAUUAGUUUUCUCACGAUAAUCCCACAGUAUGCAUAUAUAUCAUUACAUACAUAGAUGAUUAUAUUGUUAUGGUAACUGCAUAAAAGUGUUUAUGCGAUUAACAGCCACUUUCAGUCAGGUGUUUUGUUUAGGAACAUUUCAGCCAAUCAGAGAGCUUGAUGUGUUAAGCAGGCGGCAUAGUUUAUUUAAACAGGAAGUUAUUUACAUACAAGGCGCGAAAUUCAAGCGUGGUGAGUGUGGUGGUGCCUGAGGCCACUCGUUCGUGAGUAUAUACAUGAUAAACAUACAUUAACUCAAAGUCAGAUCACACACUGGUGUGUAUAUUAAUGACAACAAUGUGAAGCAUCUGUUUAACUUUCAGAUAAGUCUGAGAAUAACAUCACAGCUUUACUGGUGCUGCUUUUCAGUUGUCCUGCAUGAUUUGGUCGGAAGAAUGGCCUAAAAAGUUAAUCAGUAAGUAAUAUUGACUUGUUGAUUAAAUUAUGGGUCUUGUAUUGUGGAAGUGGAAGUCAACAAGGAGCUAAUAGUAGUGACCUAUCACAGUGGACACAUGUAGGCCUGCUGAUUUAUUCAUUGGGAGUUUAAUGAGCAACAUGUCAUCAAUUUCCUAUAAUCUCCAUUAUCUUCCCAAGGACAAUUAAAUGCAGGCCUAAUAAUCUAAAGCAUAACAACAAUCAACAUUGUAGUUAUCUUCAGCAUGGUGUUUUUGCUCUCUAAGAGCAGUCAAAUGCAGGAUUAAGCAUUUUAAUGGAAACUUUUGCCAAAAUUCCAAGCAUGGCGACGUUGUUUGAUGGGAUCAGCCAGCAGCUGGACUUCUCCAGCUGUGGAGAAGAGGGGAACAGCAGUGAAAACAGCUCCGAUGACUGCGCCCCCAGGAUCCGAAGUCCCAGGAUCCGAAGUCCCAGGAUCCAGAGUCCCAGGAUCCAAAGUCCCAGCUCUGCAUGCAGAACACCCAGGGUCCAACACCAGAGCAGCAGAAGCAACAUCAUAUCUUCCCCUUUACAGUGCACCAGCCCCAUACCUUAUGCUGUCUGGAGUAAACUGAGGCUCUGUGACUCGCCCAGCACGCCCAAGAGUCUGCUCUCAAAGUCGUCUCACCCUUGCUCCACCUCUAAGAUAAAUCACAAUCGGAGGACCCUGCGUCUCACAUCAGCUGCUGCAAACCUCAUCCAGGCACCUUCUGUCAACGUGAAUCCUUUCACCCCUGACACUGUACGCAGGAACAGUCAGGAGCAGUGGAGGAAUAGCUGUAGGAGUGAUGAGGAUGAUGACUAUGGACGCAGGUUGAAACACAGCCUAUCGUCAUCCGAGGAGGAUGACGAGGCCUUUCUCCCACCAAAGAGGCGAGCUGUCCAAGCUUUCAUGCUGUCACGCUACGAGAGUGAGUUCCUGGAGCUGGAGUGCAUUGGCGUGGGCGAGUUCGGGGCAGUUUAUAAGUGUGUGAAGAGGCUGGAUGGCUGCUUAUAUGCCAUAAAACGCUCUCGCCGACCCCUUGCAGGCUCUGCCAAUGAGCAGUUGGCCCUAAAGGAAGUGUAUGCACAUGCUGUUCUUGGGCACCACCCACAUGUUGUUCGCUAUUAUUCAGCAUGGGCAGAGGACGAUCACAUGAUUAUUCAGAAUGAAUACUGUGAUGGUGGAAGUCUCAGUGAUGCCAUUGUGAAGAAGCAGCUGCAGUGUGAGCUGGUUUCAGGGGCAGAAUUGAAAGAUCUCCUCUUACAAGUGUCAAUGGGUCUAAAAUACAUCCACAGCUCAGGCCUAGUGCACUUGGACAUCAAACCAAGUAAUAUAUUCAUUUGCCAGCGACCCAGCACAACUGCAGCGGUUGAGGGUGAGAGUGAGGAGGAAGAUGAUGGAAGCACUUCAGCAGGAGUCGUUUAUAAAAUUGGGGAUCUGGGUCACGUGACAUCAACCAGCAGCCCUCAAGUUGAGGAAGGGGAUAGCCGCUUUUUGGCCAGUGAGGUCCUGCAUGAGGAUUACAGCCACCUCCCCAAGGCAGACAUCUUUGCUCUGGGUCUUACGGUGCUGCUGGCAGCUGGGGCUCCUCCUCUGCCUCAAAAUGGAGAGGAGUGGCACAGCCUUAGAGAGGGGAAGCUCCCCAAGCUGCCACAGGAGCUCUCUCCUCCCUUGAGAGACCUACUCCAGUUGUUGCUGGAUCCAGACCCGCUGAAACGUCCAUCUGCCAGGGAGCUGUGCAAGCACACAGUCUUAAGGGAGGAGAGGACUGGGAGGCUGGCUGCUCAGCUACGCAGAGAGCUCAAUGUAGAGAAGUUCAGGACAGCCAUGCUUGAAAAAGAGCUCCAGGAAGCUCGUCAGGCAGCAUUGUCACCCAAGCAGAACCUCUCUCUUGGGCUGAAACCUCCUGCCAAGAUGGGCUCUCUACCUCGAACAGGGAGGAGGCUUGUUGGUAGGAAGACGGCACGAUCCAUGAGCUUUGGUUGUCCCGGAUAUGGAGUGUGAUGAGUCAAUGUGGGACAUGGCAUACAUAUCCCAUGUCCUGGCAUACAUGUCCCAUGUCCUGUGUCAAGGACCGCAUAGGUCCUUGACACUGCAUAAUGUGACUCCUGAAGCAAGCUUGUGGUUAAAAAUGCAAGUGACAAGGUUUUCUACACAGGGACUGGAAGUGGAAAUGACUGGACGGACAAUCUUGUAUGUUCCUUCUGAGAGGACAGAUGUAACUGAAAGACUGUGGAGUCCUUAACACCAUUGGUUUGAAAGGAUUAAUCUGGUUUCAAUGCAUGUCACAACAUCUUGUAACUGCUGUAGACCAAUGUACCUGACCUGACUUAUUUUAUAUAUCAUUUUUAUUGUAAAUAAACAUUUUUAAGCAUUUUA